GAAACCAAAAACAGUUUGUCAAUGUCCAUCAUUUAUAUACAUUAUUUUUUUCAAAAAUAAAUGUGUUAUAAUAAUGGUAAGUUUCCUUUGAUGCUUAAGAGACAGUAUUGUAUACUGCCCUUUGACAGGCAGUGUUGCCUUUAAACAGGGAUCACAAAAACAGUCGUCUUAGAAUCCAAAAUGAACAAAAUCAGCAAGGUUUAUUAUAGUGGUCUUACACUACAGCAGAGAUCUGUUAACGUUUCAGAUUUUUACAGAAUAACAUGAUACUUACAUCUCUCUUUAGAUAUAUUCUUAUCCAUGUAAAUACCUAAUCCAUAUAUCAUAUGUGUUACAUCUGCUUCUUAUUGUAAUUGUUAUUCUUAUAUUUUUUAAGCUGGACCUCUGAAAACAGCAGCAUCUGCAACAAUUUUCAAUUUACCUAUCAAUCAGCAACCUCCAUGGUUGCAAGGGAAACUAUGUUUUGAUCACACCCACUCCGUAAAAACAAAGUAACAGGAGGGUGUGGAGGCUGAAAAGAGAGCAAUUUCCCUCCUUUCCAAGUUACGAAACGAGCUACAGACAGACAAGCCAGUACUUCUUCUGAGUGAUGGGCUCCCGGACAUGGAGCAGUGGAACCAGUAUGUAGAGAGGCAGCAGGCAUUACUGGAUGUGGACGAGGCCCCCAGCUGGUUCAAGUCACCUUGGCUGUACGUGGAGUGCUACAUGUACAGAAGAAUUGAGGAAUCUGUGAAACUUAAUCCGCCGAUUUGUGACUUUGAUGUGUUUGAGGAAGGGAAAACUCAAAGCUUUUUUGAGUCUCAACAGGCCAUAAUGGCGAUUUGCACUUAUCUACAAGGUCUGCAUAAAAACAUGGAAGAUCUGUCCGAGGAGCAGCUGUUGGAGCAAUUUCUGAAACUGGUGCAGGUGUCCUUGUGGGGAAACAAGUGUGACCUUUCCAUUUCUGCUGGGCAGGACAACUCCCAAAGGUCCAGUCCAAUAGAUUCCCUAGAGACUCUGAAACAUAUGAUCUUGGUAGAUGAUUCAAGAUUGGUUUGGUCAGUACUAAUGAACAGCAGGGCGGCAGGCGGUCCUGUGAAACCCGUAGCAAGAGUGGACAUCGUCCUCGACAAUGCUGGCUUCGAACUCGUCACAGACCUGGUCCUGGCCGACUUUCUGCUGUCUUCCAAACUUGCUUCGGAAGUCCACUUCCAUGGGAAGUGCAUACCUUGGUUUGUCUCCGACACUACGAGAAAGGAUUUUGAGUGGACGAUGAGACAGGUCCAGUCAGCCAAUCAUAAAUGGAUGUCCAAGUGUGGCUUUCAGUGGCAAGGCUACAUGAAGCAAGGUACCUGGGUGUACCACGAUCAUCCUUUCUGGACUCUUCCUCAUGAGUUUUGUGACAUGUCUAAAGAUGCUCCUGAUCUAUAUGCCAAGCUCCAGAAGUCUGAUUUAAUAUUUUUCAAGGGUGAUCUGAACUAUAGAAAAUUGACAGGUGACAGAAGGUGGGAUUAUACAGUCUCUUUUGAUAAAGCUUUGCGAGGGUUUCAACCAGCACCGCUUUGCAGUUUGAGAACAUUGAAAGCAGAUGUUCAAGUGGGUCUCAGGCCUGGGCAGGGUGAAAAGCUGGCUGCUACAGAUCCUGACUGGAUGACCAGUGGAAAAUAUUCAGUAAUCCAGUUCAGCAGUCCUUACAAGGAAUAGUUUAUUUUAAUUGAGAGUUGCUUAUUGUUUACUAAGAGGUAUUGGCAAUUUGUCAUUGGUAUUACAAAGUGGUAAUAACGUGAUUUGGCUGUAAGUUUCAGAAAUAAUUCUCAGUUUUCUGUAGCUCCUUUAUUCUGAUCAAUUAUUUUUUGAUUGAGCAUUAAAAGGUCAAUUGUUAUGUUUAAGGGUCCACUCAUUACUCGCCAAAGCUUCCUAAACUUCAUUUGGCCUCUGCAUUAAUUAACUGUUACCUCUGAAACAUGGAUCUCAGAUUAAAAUGUUCUUGCUUAUAGGGGGGAAGCUGCAUGCUGCAAACCCAAGGAAUAGUUAAGUAAGCGGUGACUAGUCAGUGAUAGAUUCUAAAGUUUAAAUUUAAAUUAAAUGUUCAGUUCAUAAUUGACAGACUAAAAUAAUGCAAUGGAAAACCAAGGUAUAUAUUUUUUAAACCUUACAGCCCUAGUAACUAACACUUAAAGCUUUUACAUAUGUCUUAAUUUACUGGCAGAUCUUAAGAUUCCUAGGGUUAUUCCUUCUGAUAACCAGGGGAUAGUUGCUGCUACAGUUGAUUUAUUAAAAUAAACUGUUAACUCCAAUAUUGUACUGGAAGACAUUCUUAACUUGUUCUAAGUAUACAGUUUUUCUCAUUAAAGACAAUUCACCUGCGUAAACACAGGUGAUAAUCUGUACAGCUGCAUUCGUCCUAAAACAAGUUCUGUAUCUGGAUGAGCAUGUAUUGGUUUUAUCAGUUGCAUGUAAACGCACAGGUGCAUGCAUUAUUAAAUGUUUACAGGUUAUUAAAA